CUGCAUGGGAAGGUGAGACCACUGACUUUAGCUUCCUCGGUGAGAGUGAUGUGAGAGCUAAGGAAUCUAUGCAUAAAACAUAAAAGGGUUCCUCCUUAACACCCUAAUCAUUCAACCCAACUCAAUUUACCUUCACUUUUCCCUUUGCUCGCAAUAAAGAGAAUAAAAAAAGAGACCAACUACUGUCUCUUACUCCACACACAAUCCCUUGAUUCUCUCUCUCUUAGUUUUCUUUACAAGGAGAUCCCAAUGUUGCACCCCACCAAGUGCCAACCGCCAUUUCUUCAGCUGAAAGCCUCUUAUCCAUCAAACACUCGUGUCCCAUUACAGUACUGAUUGUUAGGCAGAAAAAGAAAGAGAGAGGAAAAGGGAGAAAAUAAAAAAGAGAAUAUAAUUGAGAUGGAUGUGAGUAGGAGAAGAAGAGUUGGUGCUGGAAGCAGGGUGGUUGCAGGGUCAGUGUGGGAGAGCAGGAUGAAGAGUGAUGAAGGUAAGGCCUUCAGUGGAGAAAAAAAUGCUGAAGAAGGAACCAAUGGUGGCACCAGAUUGAAGAGAAGACAAAUUGGGGGUGUGGUUGCCACUGGAAAGAGAAAAACUGGGAAAUCAAAAAGGUCCGACGGGUUACAAAAUAACCAAAUUCAAAUAGCCAGAGUAAAAACAGAACCCCAGAAGAAUAGUACUAGUAGUCAACAAUGUAAGGAUCUCAACAUUUCUUCUGAUUCAAUCAAGAAGAGUCCAAUUCAAAACAGAAAGAACAUAUCUGAGGUGGGUGAAUCUGAUGAAAGGAAUGUUGAGCAACUCGGAAAGAACAAAUCAGAUUCAGUUGUUAAGAAUGUUGCUGAUGGAAAUGGGGGAAAUGCAAAUGCAAUACAGUUUGGGAAGGACAAACCAGAGUUGGAUCAUGUCCAUGUUUUGGAUGAAUCAAGGAAAGUCAUUGAUGGAUUGGCUGAUAAUGAUGAAAAUUGCAAGGAUUUUGGUGUGUGCCAAGAGAUGGUCAUUUAUAGCAGUUCAGAUAAUGCUGGCAAUGGCAUGGUCAAGUGUCCACCAGUGCAUGUUGAUGGAAACUCUGAUGAUGUUCUUGAUGAUGAUGAUGAAGAAGAAGAAGAUGAGGACGUGGAGGUGGAUGAUGAGGAGAUUGACUUUGAGAUGGAGAAGGAGAGCUUUGAUGUUAAGGAAAUCAAUGUACCAGAAUCCAAGCUUGUGAAUGAACCAGAAAAAAAGGAGGUUGCGAAUGUAUCAGAAAAACAAAAGAUUGUGAGUGAACCAGAACCUAAAAAGGUUGUGAGUACCAACAGACAAUUUCAUCAAAAAAAUGAAAGGCCAGUGUCUGUCCCUGUAAUUGUGAAGCCAUCUCCUCCCAUUAGAAAGCAUUCCACAGUUUACCAAAAUUUCUCCAAGGCUGAUACAAUUCCAAAGGCAGAAGAGUACUGUGGCUUUCCACAGACCCAGAACAAUCUACAUAGUUUAGUGGAUUUAAUCAUGUGGAGAGAUAUCUCUAGAUCAGCAUUUAUCUUCGGGAUUGGAACAUUCACUAUAGUUUCAUCUUCAUAUGCAAAGGAUAUCAAUCUGAGUCUUAUUUCUGUAAUGUCCUAUAUUGGCCUUAUCUAUCUAGCUGUUAUCUUCUUCUAUAGAUCACUAUUAUGCAGGGGGGUCAUAGAUGUAGAGGACACAAACUAUGUACUGGGAGAAGAAGAAGCCAUUUGGGUGCUAAAAUUGAUCCUUCCUUACUUGAAUGAGUUUCUGUCAAAACUCAAAACCAUGUUUUCUGGAGAUCCUGGUACCACAAUAAAGUUGGCAGUUUUGCUUUUUGUUCUUGCAAGAUGUGGCAGCUCCAUAACCAUUUGGAAGAUGGCCAAAUUCGGCUUCUUUGGAGUUUUUACUGUGCCAAAAUUCUGCUCCUCGUAUUCUGCACAGUUAACUGCAUUCGCAAACUUUUGGAUUAAUCGAUUCCGGGAUGCUUGGGAUUCUUGCUCUCACAAAAAGGCCGUGGCACUUGCCAUUUUUGGGCUUGUUUGGAAUUUGUCAUCAGUUGUUGCUCGCAUUUGGUCAGUGUUUGUGCUGUUUGUGGCCUUCAGAUAUUAUCAACAACAUUAUUUGGUGAGAGAAGACUGGGUGGAUGAUGAUGAAGCAGAAUGUGAUGAAACAUGGCAAGAACCUGUUGGAGUUAAAGUUGAAAUGCUGAGACAACGGCGAAAACCAAAAUUCUUUGAAACACAAAAAGUAAAGAAAGGAUUCUAAAGAGUGUCAAUUUUGUGUUUUUUAGUUCUACAUAUGAUUUUUUUUACUAUCUUUACCAAAAUAUAUAUAUAUACUGUUAUUUUUUUAAUUAAACCUUCAUGAUUCAAGAUGGAAAAAAAAAAUAUUUCA